CACUCAAUACAGCCAGUUGAAAAUGCUGUCGGGCUUGGUUUUGCUGCUGUGAUCCACAAAUCCUCCACCCGGGCUGCAGCGCUAACCAUAAACCAUCUCGAUGCCAUGAGAGAGAAUUAGGAUUAGAUAAAAAAUAAAAUAAAUACCAUAAAUACGCCGUCAAACGCGUUGACACAGUCAGUGAAAAUAUGCAAAAAUAUGAGAAGCUAGAAAAAAUCGGGGAAGGAACAUACGGUACCGUAUUUAAAGCGAAGAACCGUGAAACGCACGAAAUCGUAGCUCUGAAAAAAGUCCGGCUAGAUGAAGAUGAUGAAGGUGUUCCAUCCUCUGCCCUACGAGAGAUUUGCCUCCUCAAAGAGUUGAAACACAAGAAUAUUGUUCGUCUGUACGACGUUCUUCAUAGUGACAAAAAACUGACUCUAGUCUUUGAGCAUUGUGAUCAAGACCUUAAGAAGUAUUUCGAUAGUCUUAACGGAGAGAUUGACUUGGAUGUCGUCAAGUCAUUUCUGUACCAGUUAUUGCGUGGAUUGGCGUUUUGCCACAGCCACAAUGUUCUUCACAGGGACCUUAAACCACAGAAUUUGCUUAUUAACAAGAACGGAGAGCUGAAAUUAGCCGACUUUGGAUUGGCUAGAGCCUUUGGAAUACCAGUAAAAUGUUACUCUGCAGAAGUAGUAACUUUGUGGUACCGUCCACCAGAUGUCUUGUUCGGAGCAAAAUUAUACACGACAUCCAUAGACAUGUGGAGUGCAGGGUGUAUAUUUGCUGAAUUAGCAAAUGCUGGCAGACCACUAUUUCCGGGGUCAGACGUUGAGGAUCAGUUGAAACGAAUUUUUAAAAUGCUGGGCACUCCGACUGAAGAAACAUGGCCCGGGUUAACUACAUUGCCUGAUUAUAAAUCGUUCCCUCCAUAUCCAACAUUAGGUGGAUUACCCCAGUUUGCGCCAAAGCUAAACUCUAGAGGCAAAGAUUUGCUGCAGAGAUUAUUAGUUUGUAACCCAGCACUACGUCUAUCUGCUGACGAGGCGAUGGCACACUCGUACUUUGCCGAUUUAAAUCCAGCUGUGAAGAACGAUCGCUGUCAAUAGCUGGUUGGCUUUAUUUACGAUUCAUAUUCUUGACACUCCAGUAAUGAUAUAUUUAUUAUAUAUGAACGUACAAUAAUCUAGUUAUGUGUAAUAGUACAAUGUCUUGUGUUGUUUAGGUAUUCCAGCGUGUGGACGUGUGUGUGUGAGUAUAUAUGUGUUUCUCUGCACAUAUAUCUAAUGUAAGUGCGUAUGCAUAUUAUUUAUGAAUAUACAAUUAUAGUUAAGGUAUAACAUAAUAAGUGAAUAAAUCUUUAAUUUUACUGUUGUUCAAUUUAA